AUGGCACCUUCAAGCACUCAAGACCUGUUCGAUGCUGAACAUCUCACCUCCAAAAGCAUCGACAAAACCUCUUCUGCCCAUCGGCACACCGCUCCGGACUUUGAACUCUUCCGCCACCUGGUGCCCCUAGUCUCCAGCGGCAAGACAACACACCUCAACGCAGCCUUCAUGCCCCCCUCAAAUCUCAUUGUCAACGAAGCUCUCUCCCGCUUCUGCUCGGAAGCCCUGCAUCAGCCCUCUCCAAAAUCUCGCUGGAAAGAAGAUGUCGAGGCAGUUAGGGAACUACUGGGCAGGUACAUCAACACAGACCCAUCAACAAUCGCCUUUGUCAGGGACACCACCGAAGGCCUGGGAAGCUUCAUCCGCGGUCUCAAGUUCCAACCAGGCGACAACGUCGUGAUUCUCGACUGUGAACAUCCAAACCAAGCGUUCGCCUGGCUGACACUGCGUUCGACUGGGCUGGAGGUCAGACUCGUCCCCACAGACCCGGAGAACCCAGUUGCAGCGGACGCGAAGACCUUUGCGCCGUACGUCGAUGAAAGGACCAGGGCGAUCGGGCUGAGCUCCAUCAUGUUCCACACGGGACAACGGAACGAUGUCGCGGAUGUCUGCGGGGCGUUCCGGCACCGGGGAGUUCACGUUCUCGCGGACCUUACGCAACAAGUUGGGUUUGCUGCUGUCGGUGUGGAAGAAUUGGGUGUCUCGGCGGCGGCGUUCAGCCUGCACAAGGGGCUCAACUCGCCAACUGGCUUCGCGGCGCUGUACGUCGAUACACAAGUCAUCCACGAGAUGGAUCCAGUGCCACCCAUUGUAGGCUACGGAGGCGUGAGCAGUGUUGGCGACUCGGAGGACUUUGCGGUCCCGGAAGGCCCCGUCGUCUUCCACCCUACCGCGAAGCGAUACGAGCACGCCAACAUGAGCUUCAUCUCAGCCGUGGCCGCAAGGGCAUUUCUCCAGUUUUAUCUGGAAGUGAUGGGCCCCAGAAAUCUCGAGCAGCGUCUGUAUAGUCUUGGAGACGCGCUGCGUCAAUCUUGCGCUGAAUUGGGUGUUGGCGUCGUUGGGCCAAGCGAGAGGAAACACCACGCACCACAUCUUCAUGUUCUUCGUUUGCAGAACCCGAGGUGGCCUGAACGCUUGGAGGCAGCGGGUAUUGUAGCGACAAAGUUUAGGACCGGCAUCAGAGUCUCCUUUGGCUUCUAUAGCAAUCUGGAAGAUGUCGAGAGAUUGAUGGCGUUCAAAUGCUCCCGCACCGAACCAUGCCAAAACUGCAGCACGUCCAAUACGCCUUGCGAAUACCGCCCUGUAGAUCGUAAACGCGUCCCAGCCUCUCACGAGUACGUCGCGAGCCUCGAGUCCCGCAUCUCAUGGCUCGAGACGUUUGUUCAAUCUCUCCGUGUCGCCACGCCAGAGCAGCGGGAGGAGAUGCUCAACUCUACGGCAGCUGCAGAGGGAAAGGGCCAUUCUCUUCCUAGUAGUUCUAACAAAGCUCAAGAAGAGAUCCGGACGGAUGAAGGAGCACCACUGGCACCAGGCAACUACAUAUCCCACCUCGGCAUCCACGCCCGCUCAAGCGCAAACCUCGAGCUAGGCCUCGAAGGCUCCCUCAUCUACCACGGCGCAACCUCCAUCUUCCGCGUCGACCUCCCUUCCACCUCCAAAGACCCAAGGGAUCCUGACAACACUACCGCCGCUCUCCUCCGAGGAGGCGGCAUCGAAGCAAACUUCGAAUCUGUAAUGCAACACUUUGGCAUCGACGGCCCAUCCUCUCCCGCCGUUCUGCAGUCCCUAACCCAGUUCUUCCGCUGGCAAUAUCCGCACUUCAUGUUCAUCUACCGCGAGGCCUUUCUCCGUGACCAUUUCAGCAAUGACGACGGUGAGGGUGAUGCCAACAAUGGUAGGAAUAACAGAAAAUACUGGUCCCCCGCGCUGCUCCUAUCUAUAUGCGCCCUCGGCGCGCUGGUCAGCUUAGAUACAAAAGCCUCGAGUGAGCGAUUUUUCCUCGCGGCGGAGAGCAUCAUCAUGGUGACCGGGCUCACGAGGCCGAGCGUCGCUACCGUCCAGGCGUUCCUAUGUCUUGCGCUUUACGAGAUUGGGAGGGGUAAUUUGUCCAAGGGUUGGGGGUACUCUGGAAUCGCCUUCCGCAUGGCCCAAGAUCUCGGCCUCCAACGAGACCCCAAAGGCUGGGUCCAACAUGACUCAUCCCUCGCAACACACGAAGACGUCGAGAUACGGAGGAGAAUCUACUGGGGCUGCUACAUCUCCGACAAGCUCAUCAGUCUGAUCCUCGGCCGGCCCGUGUACUUAGUCUACGAUGACGCCGAGGUCCAGCCCAUGGAAACGCUGCCGUUUGUGACGCCCUCUCCUUCACCCUCGUCUCCGCCUCCCGUCCUCGUACAAUAG